CGAAAUCAGCUGUUAUCGGAGUGAUGAAAUGUCAUUUGAGUCAAAACAUUCAGCGAUUCUGAUAACAAACUUGUGGCUUCCUUUACUCAAUUACUUUUAAAGUAUACAAUAUUGCAAAAGUGACUAUGCCACCGAAAUCAAGGAGCAAAUUUUCACCUACCACCAAGCUGUACAUCAACGUAAGCAUACUAUCAAUUGCUUUAAAUGCCACCUUCUUUUCGUACUUGAUACAUUCGGAUAAAUUGUACGAUGUUGGAAAAUGUUGGUCAUCGUACGUUGUUAUGCUGCUGCCUGGUAUGGAGCUGCUCAAACAUCAGUAUGUUCGGAAGGUUCUACAGCUGGAGGGAGUUUCAAAUGUGACAAAUAGUCAACAAUCGACAAAAGCUGCAGGUGGCAAGUACCAAUCAAAGCGUGUUUCACCUUUGAAGGAAGUUGGCGGAUUUGCUUUCCUGAUGGUUCUAUCGGUGCUCUUUUACGGUUUUAUUUGCUUGAUUUUGGGAGCCCCUCUAGAUCAACACGAAGAAACUACUGCCCUAGCAGUUACUUUAACUGUGUUGACGAUCUUCCCCAUAGUUCUAUUCAUUGGUCAUUCGGAAACCAUGCAGCUUUUGUUCUCGGAAACAUUUGAAUUACGCACGCCGAUCAGUAAUUCCUAUCUAACUCUGCUCAAAAACAAUUGCGUUGGUGUGAUUCUAGGAGCUUGGGGUGCCUCGGUGGUGGCUCCACUCGAUUGGGAUCGUCCCUGGCAGGUGUACCCGUUACCAAAUGUGGUGGGUGCGGUUGGGGGAGCGUUUGGAAUGAACGUUUUCACAUUACUUAGUGCUACAUAUUUUGCGCUUUGCAAAAGUGAUCGGAAAAAAUCCAUUGUGUAGAUCGUCGCAGUUUGAGUCUUGAGCGGAGGGUCACAAUCUAGUCAAUCUAGGGAGCUUGAUAAUGUGUUUUCUCUUAUUUUACAAAUAAACGCACCGUGUAAUUUGAGUUAGAAUCCUAAUUCAAGUAAGUAUUAUUAGUGUAAUGCGAAACAAACCACGUUUAUAAUAAAAGUAAGAAUCGAUUGAAGUCAAAUCGAA